AUGGAGGCUUUGUCACAGCUGUGGACUCAGUUUGGCGGUGACUUUGAGGAUGAAGAGUACGAUGCCGAGCCCGACCCCUGGGCUGGUUUCUACAAGGACUUGGAGAACUUGGUGAGGCAGCGGCCCAAGGAUCCGUUGAAGGCUUUUGGCAAGCUCCUCCGGCGGCAUGCUGCUGCGGGCGAUGGUGGCAAUGCUGGCUGGGAAAGGCAGACUGACCCUGCUCAGUGGGCCCAGCACGGCUGGGUCGAUUGGUCCGAUGCUCAGGAUUACGGCUAUGGUGCGGAAGGCUCGUCCUGGGAGGCUUGGCCUUCGCAAGGCCAGGACUGGGCGGCUACGCAAGAUCACUUUGAGGUGGAGGGUGAUGCUGGCGAUCAUGGUGAUGGCUGGCAGCAGGUCUCUAGAAAGAAGGGGGCCCCGAAGCAGGCUAUGCCUUCUACGGCUCCUGCCCGGCAGGUCUUGGCUGAGGAGCCCAAACGGCGCCACCGUCGUGGUCACGCUGCUGGGCGAGAGGCUCCAAUUUCGGGUGGGCAGCUUGCGCCUGCAGACUGGCAGCCCCGACCGGAGGAUUGGGGGGCAUCUACUCGGAUGGUGAAGCGCUGCCGCGAGGCUAUCGAGGCCCUCGAGGCUGAUGAGGACGCCUCGCUCAUUGCCUACCCGCAGUCCGAGGACGAGCUUGAGCUUUUUCGCACCUUUGUUCAGGGAGCUGCGGUCGACACCGCCUUUGCCGUUGUCAUUCUUAAGGGCCACUUCGAGGACACCCGUACAGCCUGCACGGAAUUGGAGUGGGAGGAAAAGCGGAUCCCGGGCAUUUGGCGCAACCAGCUCCGAGUCGUCAAUGCGUGGGUCGGAUCCCAUGGUGCUUCAGCUCCCAAGCUGACUUCGCAAGCUGUGCCGGUGACCGCACCGACCGGCCGUGGUGAGACGUGUGUCUUGCGUGUGCAUGCUGAUGCGUGUUUCUUUGGGCAGGGGCAUUGGGGCCCUGCAAAGGCUCAGCCUGGCUCGGCCUUUCGACGCUGGGCACAAGGUGCUUGUGGACGUGUCCAUGAUACCUGGGCCUGGGAAUUGGUGGACGGGCCUGCUGGGCGACUUCUUGGCAUCCAAGGCCUGGUCAGGGUUCCUUCUUCGCAAGUUUCGGCA